AUGAGCUUCGAGGGGCGGAGAUCGUUUGCACCUACACAAAUCUUUGCGGAGGGAACCACCGAGGAAAAGGGUGAGAAUGCGCGUCUCGCCGCCUUUGUCGGGGCCAUUGCCGUUGGCGACCUGGUGAAGAGCACCCUCGGCCCCAAGGGUAUGGACAAGAUCUUGCAGUCUGCAUCCACUGGCGAAAUUAUGGUUACCAACGACGGCGCCACCAUUCUCAAGUCGAUUGCUCUCGACAACGCCGCCGCCAAGGUCCUGGUCAACAUUUCCAAAGUGCAAGAUGACGAAGUUGGUGACGGCACAACAUCCGUUGCCGUCCUCGCCGCCGAGUUGCUUCGCGAAGCCGAGAAGCUCGUCGAUAAGAAGAUUCACCCCCAAACCAUCAUCGAAGGAUACAGAAUAGCUAGCCAAGCCGCUCUCAAGGCUCUUGAAGCCUCCGCCGUCGAUCACAGCAAGAAUCCUGACGCUUUCCGCAAAGACCUCGUCGCCAUUGCCCGCACGACCCUGAGCUCUAAGGUCCUCGCGCAGGAUCGCGAGCACUUUGCCGAGCUCGCUACCGAUGCCGUUCUCCGAUUGAAGAAGUCCUCCGACCUGAGCCACAUUCAGAUCAUCAAGAAGGCUGGCGGAAAACUGAGUGACUCUUAUCUGGAUGAGGGUUUCAUCCUGGACAAGAAGAUUGGUGUCAACCAGCCCAAGCGCUUGGAAAAGGCCAAAAUUCUUGUCGCCAACACCUCCAUGGAUACCGAUAAGGUGAAGAUUUUCGGCGCUCGCGUCAAGGUCGGUUCGACUUCCAAGCUUGCCGAGCUCGAAAAGGCCGAAAAGGACAAGAUGAAGGCCAAAGUGGACAAGAUAAAGGCACACGGCAUCAACUGCUUUAUCAACCGGCAGCUUAUUUACAACUGGCCCGAACAGCUCUUUACGGACGCCGGCAUCAUGUCGAUUGAGCACGCCGACUUUGACGGCAUCGAGCGUCUAGCUCUCGUCACUGGUGGCGAGAUUGCUUCCACUUUUGAUCACCCGGACCAGGUCAAGCUGGGGCAAUGCGACCUGAUUGAGGAGGUUAUUAUUGGCGAAGACACACUGAUCAAGUUCUCUGGCGUCUCUGCGGGUGAAGCUUGUACCGUUGUUCUCCGCGGUGCAACUGAUCAGCUUCUGGACGAGGCCGAACGAAGCUUGCACGAUGCCCUGGCCGUUUUGUCACAGACUGUCCUGGAACCUCGCACCACUCUUGGUGGUGGCUGCGCCGAGAUGCUGAUGGCCAAGGCCGUAGAGGGCGCUUCUACAAGAGUUGAGGGCAAGCGCCAAAUGGCGGUAAACAGCUUCGCUACCGCCCUGACACAGCUGCCAACUAUUUUGGCCGACAAUGCCGGUCUGGACUCAAGCGAUUUGGUGGCACGUUUGCGCAAUACAGUGUACAAGGGCAUGUCUACAUAUGGUCUUGACCUGACGACGCCGGGCGGCGGGCUUGCCGACAUGCGAGAUUUGGGUGUUAUUGAGAGCUACAAGCUGAAGAGAGCUGUCGUGUCGUCAGCCAGCGAGGCUGCAGAGCUCCUCCUCCGUGUUGAUGAUAUUAUCAGAGCGGCCCCGCGACGCCGCGAGCAGAUGUAG